AUGGCGCUCUCCAUUUACAUCGACGAGGACGUCGGCCGGGACGACACCACCGCCACUGGCACCGAGUCCGCUCCCUACAAGACUCUCGUCCACGCCUUCGUGCAGCACGCGCCCACCACCGAGGGUAUCGAGUACCUCACCCGCAAGUCGCAGACCGAUGCCCCCGGCGACAAUGUCGACCCCGCGGCCAAGCUGGAGUGGAAGGCCGCGACCAAGUCCGCCAUGAAGAAGGCCACCAACCUGUGGGAGCAGCGCAAGAAGAAGGCCGCCAAGGAGCAAGAGCUGGCCAUCCGCGAGAAGGCCGAGGCCGAUAACCGCCAGAAGGUCCUGGACGAGGCAAAGAAGGUCAUCAUCAAGGAGGACACCUCGCUGCCCGCCCCCGUCCGCAUUCGUCUGGACGUCGUCGAUCCCGCCAUCGUGAAGCCACGCCCUGCCGACUCUGAUGUCCCCGGUACGCGGGUCCGCGUCCUGGGUCGUGUGCACCGUAUGCGUGCGCAGAAGGGCGUUGUUUUUAUUACUCUUACCGAUGGUUACGGAUACAUGCAGUGCAUUCUGACCGGCGACCUGGUCAAGACCUACGAUAUCAUGACCCUCACCCUCGAGACCUCCAUGUCCAUCCACGGUGAGAUGCGCGCCGUCCCCGCCGGCGCUCACGCUCCCAACGACCGUGAACUGCAUGCCGACUUCUUCACCAUCAUCGGCCGUGCCGCCGGUGACAAGGAGGCCAUCACCACCCGCGUGGCCAAGGACGCUGAUCCCCAUACCCUGCUCGACAACCGCCACCUCGUGCUGCGCGGUGAGACCUCGUCCGCCGUCAUGAAGGUGCGCGCCGCGACCCUGCGCGCCUUCCGCAAGGCCUUUGAGGAGAACCGUCUGCUGGAAGUGACUCCUCCGGCAAUGGUGCAAACCCAAGUCGAGGGCGGCAGCACCCUAUUCGGCUUCGACUACUACGGGCAAAACGCCUACCUGACCCAAUCCUCGCAGCUCUACCUGGAAACCUGCCUGCCGUCCAUGGGCGACGUCUUCUGCGUGUGCCCAUCCUUCCGCGCCGAGAAGUCCCUCACCCGCCGCCACCUGUCCGAGUACACGCACAUCGAAGCCGAGCUGGACUUCAUCACCUUCGCGGACCUCCUCGACCACAUCGAAGAAGUGAUCUGCCGCGUCAUCGACAACAUCUUCGCCGAGCCCGAGAUCGCCGGCUACAUCAACAAGCUGAACCCGGACUUCAAGAAGCCGACCCGUCCCUUCCGCCGUAUGAAGUACUCCGACGCCAUCGACUGGCUGGUCGAACACAACAUCCCCAACGAAGAAGGCGAGCCGCACAAGUUCGGCGAUGACAUUGCUGAGGCUGCCGAGCGCAAGAUGACCGAUAUCAUCAACCAACCCAUCUUCCUCACCCACUUCCCCGCCGAGAUCAAGGCCUUCUACAUGAAGAAGGACGACUCUGACCGGCGCGUCACUGAAAGCGUCGACGUCCUCAUGCCCGGCGUCGGUGAAAUUGUCGGUGGUUCGAUGCGUAUGGACGACUGGGAUGAGCUCAUGACCGCGUAUAAGCGUGAGGGCAUGGAUCCCAGCCCGUACUACUGGUACACCGACCAGCGCAAGUACGGAACCUCCCCGCACGGCGGAUACGGCCUCGGUCUCGAGCGAUUCCUUGCUUGGCUGUGUGCCCGGUACACUGUUCGUGAUUGCUCGCUGUACCCGCGCUUCACUGGCCGUUGCACCCCGUAA